AGCGCAGGCGCAGAGCUGCCGGCCCCGCCCCCAGCCGCCGAGCUUCGCUCCCCGCUCGCCGACAAGCGCCGGCUGCCAGAUGGCGGACCCUGAGCUGCAGCUGGUGGCGCGGCGCAUCCGCAGCUUCCCGGACUUCCCUGUCCCGGGGGUGCUGUUCAGGGACAUCUCGCCCCUCCUGAAGGACCCCGACUCCUUCCGCGCCUCCAUCAGCCUCCUGGCGAACCACCUGAAGAAGACCCACGGCGGCAAGAUCGACUACAUCGUGGGCCUGGACUCCAGAGGAUUUCUGUUCGGCCCCUCCCUGGCCCAGGAGCUUGGCUUGGGCUGCGUGCUCAUCCGAAAACGAGGGAAGCUCCCUGGCCCCACUGUGUCUGCCUCAUACACCCUGGAAUAUGGCAAGGCUGAGCUGGAAAUCCAGAGAGACGCCCUGGAGCCGGGGCAGAAGGUGGUUGUCGUGGACGAUCUGCUGGCCACUGGCGGAACCAUGCGGGCAGCCUGUGAGCUGCUGGGCCAGCUGCAGGCCGAGGUGCUGGAGUGCGUGAGCCUCGUGGAGCUGACGUCGCUGAAGGGCAGGGAGAAGCUGACGCCCGUGCCCUUCUUCUCUCUCCUGCAGUUCGAGUGACUCUGGCCCCAUCCUGGCAGGGAGGAGGUCCAGCCCGGUGGCUGGCUCUGGCCGCCAGGGGGCACCAGCCAUCCGCCUGGACUUUUUUUUUUUUUUAAUUUUGUAAGGGUUUUGUGCAGUUGUCUUUCUCUGGUGCUUAGGCCACCGUUGGGGUCCUUCCUGCGGGCUGUGGGGGUGCCAAGGCCUGGAGCCAGCGGCUCCGGCUGGGGCCCAGCCCCAGGCCCCUGCAGUUGCACUCACAAACACCACGAGAAGUGAAUAAACUGAUUUGCUAGAA